AGCACCGUAAUUAAAGUUUAGAUAAAAGAUACAUCUGAAUAUUCAGGCCGAAUGCUAAAAUCGAAUUGCAAAAGGGCAUGAUCUUCCACGGUCCAUAAUCCCCUCUCUCUCACUCUCUCUCUCUCUCUCUCUGUGUCUCUGUCGAGAAUUUCUCUCUGUGCAACUGGGAAAUGUUGAAGUUGUGGAAAUGGUACCAGAAUUGCUUGGCUGUCCACCCAGUUAAGACACAGGUCAUCAGUUCAGGUCUGAUAUGGGGUUUUGGAGAUAUAGCUGCCCAGACCAUCACCAACUAUAAUGCCAAGAAGCAUCAUCAAGUUCAGGAUAAAGAUAAGGAACUGAAAAUCAAUUGGAAACGAGUGGCUACGACCAGUUUGUUUGGGUUUGGAUUUGUUGGGCCAGUUGGCCAUUUCUGGUACGAAGGCUUGGAUCGCUUUAUAAGGUUGCGACUUCAAUUGCAACCCAAUUCCUUUCGGUUUGUUGCUACUAAAGUUGCUAUUGAUGGGUUCAUCUUUGGCCCUUUGGAUUUACUUGUUUUUUUCACUUACAUGGGUUUUUCAACUGGAAAGAGUGUCCCUCAAAUCAAGGAAGAUGUGAAGAGGGAUUUUCUCCCGGCCUUGAUUUUGGAAGGAGGCAUAUGGCCAAUAGUUCAAGUUGCAAAUUUCCGAUAUAUACCUGUGAGGUAUCAGCUUCUUUACGUCAACUUAUUCUGCUUGCUGGAUAGCUGUUUCCUUUCAUGGGUCGAGCAACAACAGGAUGCUCCUUGGAAGAAGUGGUUGAAUUCUAUUCUACCUUUGAAGGGACAAAAAGGGCAAGGUGGGUGAGGGUUCUUCAACUUGUUUUAUCUUUCAUCCCAGGCCUUUCUUUGAUCAUAGCGGAGAUACAUGUCAGAAAAGUAGAAGAGUUCACUGAAAAUCCCCCAAAUGCCAGUUUUUUUAAAGUUGAGAUGUGGGAAUGAUGAAAUUGUUCUCACGCUGACAUGGUUUUCACUUGGAUCAAAUACAAGGAAAUUGCAUUGCUUGUUACUCUUAUCAUUUUUAAUCAAAAAAUUAUUAGUUCUCUUUGCUA